AUGCUCCGGCAUCUCCAGCGAUCCCUCCGCGCUAUUCACUGCCUACCCGUCACCGGCCACGCUGCCUGCAACCCCGUCCCCCUCCACCGGUUAUGGGAUUCACACAUAGAGCCUGUAUCUGGUUCGUGUAACAAGCAUGCUAUCAGAGAUUUCUCUACUUCCAAAAGAGUUACAGGAGAUCCAAUAUAUCAGCAGAAUGAGUUAGAACCAACUACGCCUGUGAAGGAUACUGACGUAAUAAUUGAUCGCAUACGAAAGAGCACAAGAAAAUUGGAGGAAGGACCUGUUGGAAAAAAUCUGCCUUCAGCGGAGAAAAGGAAAUUUCUUGUCAACACUCUUCUUAGCCUCGAAGAUUCAAGAGAAGCUGUUUAUGGAACCCUUGAUGCUUGGGUUGCCUUUGAGCAGGAUUUUCCUUUGGCUUCACUAAAGCAAGCACUUUCAGUUCUUGAGAAGGAGGAACAAUGGCAUAGAAUUGUCCAGGUGAUCAAAUGGAUGCUGAGCAAAGGGCAAGGAAAUACAAUGAGAACAUAUGAGCUAUUAGCAUGUGCACUUGAGAAGGAUAAUAGAGCUGAGGAAGCACAUAGAAUCUGGCAGAAGAAAAUAGGCCAUGAUCUGCAUUCGGUUCCUUGGCGUUUCUGCCGUCUUAUGUUGGCUAUCUACUACCGAAACAAUAGGCUAGACAGGCUCGUGAAGCUCUUCAAAGAACUAGAAGCUUGUGGUCGUAAACCUCCAAGCAAAGAUAUUGUACGGAAAGUCGAAGAUGCAUAUGAAAUGCUUGGAUUACUAGAAGAGAAAAAAGCUUUGCUUGAUAAAUACAAGGAUUUAUACAACAAGCCAUCUCGAAAUGAUCGAAAGAAAGGUUCCAAAUCCAAAAAGACUGAGACUGAUAAAACAUCUGGUUAG